AUGGAGGCUUUUGCCAUCACUCCCUUGGCGGAGGACGACACCACAUUUGUUAAAGAUGCCCAGCAGUUCCUUGCCGUCAUCGCUGACAUGCAGCGCGAGGCGGAGCAACGGCGUUGCCUUCUGGAUGACUUGCGACAGAAGGAAGCAGCCGCCGAGAUGGAGCUGGAGAAGUGCCUUGCUGUGCGUGAGGCGGUGGUGGCCCGUAUGGCGCACACGAAGGCCGAAGGGUUGGAACUGCAGUCGGAGUACAAGGCGCUCACCACACAACAGCGGGCGGUGGAAGCGGAGGUGUUGGAGCUGCGCCGUCAGAAGAGCCACUGGAAGAAGGUGCUGCAGGAGUUUCAGGGAUCAUCAUCAUCAUCACAUUUGCUGGGGAGUGGCAACACGGAUGGUGCGACGGUGAAGAGCGCAUCAUCUCUUGACCGUGCCCUUCAUGCGUGGAGCCAACUACCACACGGCUCUAUGUUUUUGAAGGAGCUGAAAAAAACUCUGACAGAGUUUGUUGCAGAGCUGGCGGUGAACGCGGGGAGCAAUACUAAUGACAACAGCAACACGACUCAUAACGGCACCUCUACAGAAUACACGACAGCAUUUUUGGAUCCGUCAAGUGUUUUCCCCCAUUUACCGCCCCUGAGCAAAGUGGAGGAAGCCAUCAUCUUGUUAAUCCCCUUUUCUGCCUGA